AUGAAUUCAGAGCAUUUUUCAUUCUCAAAGAAACCAGUUUAUUCACACGCAAAGAGACAUUCCGUCAUUUCUGAUAUCAUUCCAAAUUCAUCAGAGUCAAAUGGGAACAAUUAUACCACUACAACUGCUGAUACAAAUAACAAGAGAACCAACAGUGGGAGAACAUUUUCAUCGAUAUCAAAUGGUGACGGUAAUUUAAUCAGACCUUGUGUUUCUCCAGAUGAUCCUUUACUGGAUUAUGAUGAACAGAUUAGAGUUCCUAAAUUUCAAUCAAAAAAGUCAUUAGAUGAUAUAGGCUCAGUUUCAGUUAAUUUUGAAUCAAAUGAUUUGAUGGAUAAAUCUCAACAGGAAAGCAAACUAAACAGUCGACGUGCUACAACAAACAUUGACUCAUCUAUAUUACCAAAAUCAACCACCGUUAAUAAUACAAAUAAAACCUCAAAUCCUAAAUCAACUUAUCAACCUGCAAAAUUUGAUAUAGGACAUUUUUCAAUUUCAGAAUCACAUUCUUCAUCAUCAUCACCCCCUAGGCAAACUACUUCAUCUUCAUUAGGUGAUAAAGUUUAUAAUAUAGAGAGUUAUUUAAACAAUAAAAACUCAUCAAAUGUUAUCUCAAAUCAUGAACCUUCUCAACAUCCAUCAAAUGUCAAUUUAAAUUCAACUACAAAUUCAUCAUCAUAUUAUUCAACACCUUUACCAUCAAAGAAAAAUUCAAAUGAAUCAAUCUAUCAAUUUACUUCUAAAAAUACCUUAAAAUUCUCCAUGGCACCUCUUAGACCAAUAGAUGAUCCAAAAGUACCAAAUUAUGUCCCAUGUGUUUUAAGAACAACUUCAGACCUUAUAAAUCCAUCAUCAUUUAAUUCACCAUUAUCACCAUUCAAUACAUCAAAUUCAGCACAAACCCUUUCCGAUUUGACAAAUAAUGAAGAUUCUAUUGAAACAACAGGAAAUGAAUUAUCUCAUGAACAUUGGAAACCAAACAAUUCAGUUACAAAUUGUACUGAUUGUAAUAGAAUUUUCACAUUAAUCAAUAGACGUCAUCAUUGUAGGAAAUGUGGAUUAAUUUUUUGUUCAAAUUGUUUAUUAUCAAAAUCAAAAUUAAAUUAUAAUUGUGAAUUUGAUAUUGAUGGUAUUUUAGCAAAAGUUUGUUUUAAUUGUAAUAAACAAUGGUCAAAUUUUUUAAUCAAUAAUUUUAAACAAGUUGAUAAACAAUUAUUCCCAGAUUCUUUAAAAAAGACUAAUCAAGAUGUCAUUACAAAUAUUAAUGAUGAUCAUCAUCAAGAACAAUUAGAAAUGGAACAAAAUCCAUUAGGUGAGGAUAAAAGAGAAGCUGGUACUACUGUUCCUGCAGACUGGUCAUGGAGUUCAUUUUAG